CACGGAGUAGCGCGCCAGGUGCCACUCAAGCUUGGAGGAUGGACCAGGGUGGCGGACUUUGAGGUUGUGUCGUUGGCUGACUAUCAGGUCAUCAUUGGCAUGGAGUUCAUGGUGCGGGAGAAAUCUUUCCCGAUCCCCUACGCAAACAGAUUUUGGAUUGGAGGCAGAGCGAGAUCGGUUCCCAUGACAAACCAGGGGUGUUUGGCAAGACGUGGAUUAACGAAAGACAAGGAGGAUCCAUCCUCGACUUGCUAGGAGAAGCAAGGAAAGGCCACCAUGAUCGAGAAUGCAGGACACUCCAAGACGCGACGGAGAAGACCGUGGAGGAGGGCACAACUUCAUGGGAGCACAAGGCUCAAGAGCGAGCCAAGGCCAGCCUUGGUUUGGAGGAAGGCCCAACGAGACCUUGCAAGCAAUGAAGCUAAGGUAAAGGAGGCGUCUGCCAAAGAGCCACGACGAGGGCGUCGUGGAUUGAGUGGAGGAGAAUGUUACCAACGAGGCUCAAGAGUCAAGAGAGACUGCUCGAGGUCGAUGGAGGCAUUUCAUAGCAAGGACGCGACGAGGGCGUCGCGCGAAUAGGUGGGUGAGGAUGUCACGCGUGGCAGGCGACAUGGCGAGUGAUGUGGCGGAUCAUGACCAAGUCAAGCACGUGUGGCAUUAAGGAAGACCUAGUAGCAUAGGAUGCUCCUAGGAUUCCCCAUCUUGAAGAUGAACUUAAUGGUGCACAUAAAGAGUCGCAUUAUGAGGUGGUAUAAUGGUGUGCAUUAUGGAGGAAACUUAAUAGGGUGUGUUAAUGGGGGAGAGCAUUAUGAGAGAUAUUUACACCUUGUAAGAGAAGAGGGCCUAUAAAGGAGCACCUCCUCCUCAUUUGUAAUCAUCCAUCAUUUUUGUGAGCAAUACAACUAUAGAGUUUCUCUCAUCUUCUUGUGUCUUCUUCUUGUGAGUUAAGUGAGUUUGAGAGCUUGUGAGAAGGCUGCCUAGCAUCUCUAACAGAAUUGAGAGUUAGGGCCGCACGACCAUGUGGUACUUUGCUCUUGUUGACGACUCUAACACGAUUUUCGGCCAGAAUUAGGACGCAAUCAAAUGGGUUAUUCUUCUGUGUUUUCCGGUCAUUCGUUUCUUUUGAUUGAGUUAUGACAAAUAUAAGUGUCUAGUGGUGGUGACGAUGAAGUGGGGAAGGAGAUUCGGCCGGUGGAGAUUUUGCAAUCCUAGUGACUAUUCAGCCAGAUUAGACAAUAUUUCCCCUGGGUUCGAUUAAGAGCUUUGAUGGUUAUGGGUGUCUUUCGUGUUUUUGGACAUCGAGUUCUUAAGUGUGUUUAGUGGUGGUGAUGACAAAGUGGGGAGAGGAGAUGUUAGUGAGGCGUGGAAGAAAGAGGUCAAAUGAGAUAAGAGGGCAAACUAGGGUCAAAAUUCAGUGGUCACUUCUAGGGGUGGGCAAUGGGUUGGUCCAUACCGGACCACAUCAGACUGAUUGAUGUUUGGACCGGAUCGCACCGAAUCGAAUAUAAUACGGUUCGAUCCUUGGUCCAACAAAUUUUAUAAAUAUGGAAGGAAAAUGGACUGAAUUGAUAUUUGGAUCGGACCAAAGAGGACUAAAUCAGACCGAAUGCACCAUUGGUUCGGUCUUUGGUUCUAAAAUAUCUUUCACUAUUGGAUCGCGGUUCUCCUGAGUUUGGUCUGAUCCGGUCUGGACAGACCAGACCGAUGCCCACCCCUAGUCACAUCCUCCAUUGAUCAGUGACGACAACGACUCGGUUCAUGAUAAUGAGAUGGCGGUGUGGUUGUGGUUGGGAGAGAGGCGAGAGGAGAUGGAAGAGGAAGGCAGAGAAGAAAUGAGGGCGUCAUGGGAAAAUGGAAGGAGAGAGAAGGCAGGGAGAUGGUGGUAGAGUAUAGGGUCGGGUCACAGGUUGAGUUAGGAAAACUGACGUGGUAGGUUUUGAUGAUGUGAUAGAAUUUAAUUUUUCCAGGUUAAAAUAAGAUUAUUAAGUGUUUUUGUUAGGCAAGUAAGCAAAAAAAAAAUACAUCGUUAACGGAGACUAACAAAAGAUAAUGUAGACUGAUCAAUUUUUUUUAUGAGAAGACUGAUCAAAUUUAAAAUAGUUAACUAAUUUCCGUAAACACGAAUGAAAUAUUAAUAUUUUUCGUGCCUAAAUGUGAAACUUUUUAAUAAUGAGUAUUCGUAAUGACCACCACUAUACUCACAAUAAUCCACUUCAUUUAAUCUGCUUUUUCUGAGUUGCAUAUUUGCCUUAUCUCAAUCUCAGUCAUAUAAAUACACCCUCCACCUUCACUUUUCUCCUCCACCCCCGAACCUCUGUUUUUUCUUAACAAAAAGAAGGGGAAAAAAAACUAUUUCUCCCAGUCAGUAACUUUACCAAAUGAGAAACAUGGAUUCAUCGCGGCUGUGGCGGAUGGUGCUUCUGUUGGCGGCGGCGCUGCUGGCCGGAGUGGUGGAGUCGGACCUGCAGCAGGACAAAACAGAGUGCGCGUCCCAGCUGGUGGGACUGGCGCCGUGCCUGCCAUACGUCGGCGGGGAGUCCAAAGCUCCGACGCUUGACUGCUGCUCGGGACUGAAGCAGGUGAUAGAGAAGAGCAGGAAGUGCCUGUGCUUGCUGAUUAAGGACCGCGACGAGCCCAACUUGGGCGUCAAGAUCAAUGUCUCCCUCGCCGUUGGCCUCCCAGAUUCCUGCAAAUCUCCCGCCAACAUCUCUGAUUGCGUCUGCUUCACCUGAAGCCUAAUUCGACGGAGGCGAAGAAGUUUGACGGACUGGAUGAAAUCAUUGGUAAAGGAAUCAACGGCAGCAGUACUACUACUGACGGCGGCGGCCCUUCUGCAGCGGCUGCUUCCAGCACCAGUGGUGAAUGAGACUCCAUUGCUUAUUACGGAGUAGCACCUGCAGCAGGCAGCAUUCCCUUGUGAAGGAAGAAGUGGAGCAAGGGGGUGAGUUAGUCGUGAACGAAUAAAGACUUUUGUAGGUGUCUAGUGGUCAUCUAAAAGGCCAAUACUUCAAGGAGUCGGCGAAAUGGUAUGUGUACAUAUUACUGUAGCACUAUGGAGACUCUACUACGUUGAUUUUCCUGCUGAAAGAAAGAGAGAGAAGAUGUUGUUAUCUACUUGCAAGAGGCCCUUGUUUCUAAUCAAGAACCUUACUUUUGAUGCCCCCUUGAUUCAACUCCAAGCAACAGCAGCAGUAGCAGAUUUUUUUAGCCCUAAAUUUACCUAAAUAUCUUGGGUCUUGCACUUUUGUACCUGAACUUAAUGAAUGAUGCAAACUAGUCCACAUCCCACUUGCCACCAUAGUAAUUAGUUAAAUUGUUUAAACAGGAUUGCUCUCUUAAUCCCACUUGGCAGACGUGUGGGACUCAAAAAGGAAACUCUCCAUCAGUCAUCAUCUUCUUCUCUUGCGGGCCCAUGAUGCAAUUCCUUUGCAGAAUGAGAAAUUUUGUGUGUAUACUACUAACUAACCCAUGCUCAGGCGCUAACAGCAAACUGCCCCUUACUCGAAUGUGUAUUGUGACUUUAGGCCACUGCAAGUCCCACAACGCUCUUCAGCCCAUCCCAGAGGACCCUGCUCUCGUCAUUUGCCAAGUGGCGGAUUAUGAAGUCGCUAGUGAUAACCUCUAUAGUCAGGUUUGUGACAGCAGGACUGACACUUAUUUUUGUUCCUGCCCGAUCGAGGCAACAAACACACUCCUAGAUAUCAUCUCUUCGGACUGCAGCAUUUGGUCAAGGCACUCAAAGAACCUAAUCAAAGAUGGUCAUGAGUUAGAAUAAGAGAAUCGGUCAUAUCAGGGGAAGAAAAAAACAACCAUGGGUGGGCGCCUCCCUGAGAAUCUGAAGCUUAGAGUCCAUUGAUGGACCACCAUAUAGCCCAUGGAUCCUCAACCGUCAAAGUCUUCUGCUGGUUGGAGUUCCUCUAUUCAGACAUCACGGGAUCAUUCUAUUGUCUUCCACCAGCCGAGUCCUCCCCUUUCUCUUCUUUCCCCGCCUCCAAUGUACAAUAGGAGGUGAUCAUCGGAAACCUGCCUGCUGAUUGUGUUCUGGGAAGAAAACUAUCAGACCUCUCACAGAAAACUGAUCUGGUGAGAGGAUCAGCUUCAGGCCCGCGAUGCUCAGUUACUGAUCGAACAGCGAUUUAUUUCCUUAAUGAAGAAAUCAUAGAACUCUUAGGAAGAAUGGCAUCGUCUUUGGCCGAGUUGCUUCAAGAGGAUGGCUUCAAAGGAAGAAGAUCAGGGAUGAAGGCAAGAGCCUCUUUCAAAGCAGAAGCUGCUGCAAGUAGCAGGAUGCAUGGAGAGCGACAGAGCAUGGAUUAUGUACCUUCUAGGUCUAGAAUUAGAACAGAAAGGGCAAGCUCUGAUGUAAAUCGUUACAAUUCAAGAGGCGGCCAAUCUUCAGGAAGUAGUGAUGCUGGUACAAGCACUAGAAAGCCCCACGGUGGGGAUUAUGUUGCUAGUAGAUUCAAAAAUGAUGAAGAAGAAGGUAACUGGGACAGAAUCCACAGACGUUCUAGCAAGCCAACGUAUCAAGAAAUAGUUGAGGUUGGUAAGGAAGAAGAUGAUGAUGGCAGAAUUAAGAACAUAUAUUCCGAUAUGGUAAAAUAUGCAGCCCGUAGUAGUAGCCAUGGUAGUGGGAAUAGCUCAUAUAAUCAUGGUAUAAGAGCUCGAAAGGAUAGCGAAGCUGAUAGGAGGAGGAGGCCUGAUGAGAAUGCCGCUCUUGAAGUUGCUGGUUUUGCACUCGAUGAAGUUGCGAUCCAAGCCAUGGUCUCUAUCUUGAAUGGAUACAUUAGACGUUUCUUCAAAGAUGUCGAGUUCCGGAACAUGGUACGUUACAAUUGUUUCUCCUCGUUCAAUUUCAACGAGAUCGAAGAGAUUGACAGCAUCGAGAGGAAAGUCAUUUCCAGUUUCGAUGAAUCCGUUUAUACAGUGGAGAAAGCAGCAGCUAAGGAGGAGGAGGAGGAGGAUUUCGCGAGUGCGAAGGAUCUGAAGAAGUCCGCGUUGCAGCUCAGUGUCAUCACAGGCUUGAAUUCAAACGAGCUAAAAGAUGGUUACACAUUCGGAGUUCCAAACUCGAGAUUGUCUGCCUGUGCACAUUUCUACCUCAGUGCUGUGUACAAGCUGCAGAAGAAGGACAGAGUUUCAGCCAAACAUCUUCUCCAAGUGUUCUGCGAUUCGCCAUUUUGGGCACGGACAGUUUUGUUGCAUGACCUGUGGGACUAUCUAUUGUUUCCCCAUCUUUCGCAUUUGAAGUUGUGGUAUAAUCAUGAGGCAGAGUCUCUACCGAGCACACCAAGCAAGAUACGAAAAGUUAAACUCCUUGACAAAGUUUACAAUGAAACUAUGGAUUCUGGUACUUACCAGUUUUCUGUCUACUACAAGGACUGGCUCACUGAGGGCAUUGAAGCUCCUUCUGUUCCUUCUGUUCAUAUACCUUCAUUUUCAAGUCAGAGUCUGUCAUCACAAGGGGGUUCCAAUGAUCAUUCUCCGAGAAUCUCCGAAAGUGGGGAUCAUGGAGGAAGCUCUGUAAAUGGUGCUAGGAGCUCUAAUGAUUCUGGUGUUCAUGUUAAAGAAACACUAACAACGACAUUCUCGUCUGAUAUGGGAAAGGAAGGUGAAUCCCUUCGUAUCCUAAAUCUUAUCAUGUUUCUGCAGGAUCAUGGGCCAUUGUCAGCAUCUGAGGAAGAAUGGAAAUUGGCUGGGGCCAGAGAAGAACAGGAAACCGAUUACAACGGUGGAAUGUUUAGUUCUCAAAAGUGGCAAGAUGCUACUACCCGUGGCACUGCUCAUGUAUUAACUGCAUCUCCAGAGUCUAAACCAACAAAUGAGCUGAGACUCAAAAGUCUAGCACAAUCUGUUUUCGGACUGCAACGUUUUGACGAGGCUAGUGAUCUCACUGUAUGUUCCUUUCCUGGCAACAUCAAGAUUGUGCAGGUGUUGAAUCCAAGGGCUGGUUAUGAAUUAGAUUAUGAAUAUUAUGAGGAAGGAUCAUUCUACGCAAGCAUCCCUCAGGACUUUAUCUGUCCCUUAACUGGAGAGUUACUUGAAGACCCAGUGACUCUGGAAACUGGUCAGACAUUCGAGAGAGAAGCGAUUGCAGAAUGGUUUGAUCAGCAGGGAAACCGAACCUGUCCAGUGACUGGAAAAUGUUUAGAAUGUGUGAACCUGCCACUUACUAACUUGAUUCUGAAGCGCAUCAUUCAUAACUGGAAGCUGGAACAUUGUAGUCAGUUGUUGGCUUUAGCCUCCGAGAUCAUUAGAACCUCAAGAGAAAGCGAGACGAGGCAAAGAGAUGAGACAGCUAUAUUCAUAUUGGAGAAGCUCAUGACAACUUUCAAUGUAGAGGAGAGAGUGAAAAAUGCCAUACACCUCGUCUCUCUUGGAGGCUUGGAGUUUCUUAUCAGAAGGUUUGCACUUGGAAAUGUGGAAGAGAAAUCGCGUGUUGCAUUACUUCUGUCGUGUUGCAUUGAAGCUGAUUCCGAUAGCAGAACCCUCAUCGCUGGAAACAUCGAUAAGCAGUGCCUCGUUGAAUUACUUCACAGCAAGCAGCCUGACUCCAGACGAAACGCAGUUUCCCUUUUGACCGAAUUGGUUUGUCUGAGCAGGAGGAGAGAUGUUACGUGGUUCCUGCGAGACUUGGAGAGCGAAAAGAUAAUGAGUGUAAUGCAUGUGCUGCUGCUUCAUCUUCAGAGUUCCUCAGUUGAGCAAAAGCCCUCCAUUGCCGCACUGCUAUUGCACUUGGAUCUUCUGGUUGAACCUCAAAAGUACAGCAUAUACAGGGAGGAAGCAGUUGAUGCCAUAGCAGUGGCCCUCGAAUGCAGCCUAAUCGAUGACAAAGUCCUGGAAAGUACUUGCAAAGCACUUGUCAUGUUAGCUGGUCAGUUUUCUGUCACAGUCGGGCAGUCGUCGUUGAUAGAAAAUUGGGGUUUGAAGCAAGCUGGCUAUAAUGUGAGUACUACAUCUCCAAAGGAGAACUCUGGAGGACAAAUAUCUUGCGAUACUUCUUUCUGUCAGGAAGAGGAGGAGGCGGCCGGGGAAGAGUGGUUGAGGAACUUGGCAGCAUUGUUGCUCAGCAACGGGAAGAAGUCAUUCUUGGAGUCCAUUUCACAAUGCUUGAACUCACAUAGUAAAUCGGAUUUGGUGAGAGUAUGCCUAACCACCGUAGUGUGGUUGAGCUGUGCACUUUCUUCUGAAUCGGAUGCCGAAUUUCAGCUCUCUGCGUUCUCUGCCCUUAUCUCUGGUCUAAAGGACCACUUGGAGAAUGGGGAGCAGAUAGAGCACAAGGUCCUGGCUUGCACUUCUCUGCUGAAUUUCAGUAGAAUUCCAGAGUGCAGGGUGAUGUUAAGUAGGAUUGCAGAAGACAUUGGCGGUUCACUUCGAAGCUUGUUGGGGGUAACAUGGGCAGCAAAACAGCUCUAUUCCACCAUCUCUGGAGAAUUUGCAUAGCGUAUCUUGUGAGAGCAAAAUCAAACACUUGAAAUCAAUGGAUCUUGUUUAACUGUCACUAGCUAGAUAGACGAAAGUAAUUGUUAAAAUGGCUGAUGAGACUAGCAUGAAGUUUAAAUCAUCCAUCAAACGUGAAAUAUACUACUGACGGUGAUGUAGAGACCUCUGUGGUAGUGCAAAUCGGGUUUGCUUUGCCUUGGACAUAAUUUUUUUGGAUAGUUCAUGCACAUUUGUAUAUACAUAUGUGUGGAUUGGAUGGUACCAUGACAUCUUUCGCCAUUCCCUAACAUCUCUCUCCAUAUAUUCAUAUUUUUAUACACGCAGAU